AUGGGAACUAACAAACAAUUAAAUCGUAGCUUUAAACAUACAUCAACUAUAUUUGAUCAAUUAUUCUAAUAAUAUUCUUCCAUUGGAUUCAAAAAAGCACAUAUACUUAAAGCAUGGUAACAAUGUGGAGAUAAUUAAUAAACAUUCCAUGAAGAACUCAUUAAAAUUAGGUAAUCUAAUUUUUCUUAUUAUUAUUAAGUUAAUAAGAAAAUGCCUUAAUUUUGAAUGAGGAUGAUUUAUUCAAUUCUAUGAUGUAACUAAAAAUGCAACUUGAAUAAAUAGAAUAGUAAGAUUUAAAAAUUGCUAUCCAACUUUCCUUGGAUUAAAAUGCUUAGUAUUAUCUAUUCAUAAAUAUUCAUAGAUCAAAAUAAAUUAAUUCAGAAAAUAGAACCAAUAAAUCAAUUCCUGUAGGACUUAAGAAUUUAGGCAAUAGUAUAAAUCAUUUAAAUUUAUAACUUUUUAGCUUGUUAUAUGAAUGCCAUGUUGUAGAGUCUAUUUAAUGUUCUACCAUUUAGAAAAUUCAUUUUAGAAUUAGAUCUUAAAGAUAAUCAAUCAUUAGCCUAUAAUUUUCUAUUAUAAUUAUAAUUGCUAUUUUUGAUGUUACAAGAAUCAAAUCAAUCAUACAUAACUCCAUAUAAUUUGUUUGAGGCACUUUAAAAAUUCAAACCUAGUGCUAUGUUUAUAAGAGGUGUCUAAAACGAUUUUAAUGAACUAUAAAAUUCCUUUUUAGAUGCUAUUGAAUAAGCUUUAAAGGAAGAAAACUUUGAAGAGGAAAAGAAAAAAUUUUGUGAGAUGUUCUAUGGUGAAGCUAAAGAAAUAUUGAGUUACAAAGAGAAUGAUAAAGAGAUUAUCAAAUUUAAUGAUACUACUUUUGGAUCUAUUAGUAUUGAGGCAGCAGAUAAAGAUUUAGAAAAAGGUUUCAUAAAUACAAGAAUUCUUAUUAUUGAUGAAUAUGAAACAGAUAACAAAGAAAAAACUAAAGCUAAGAUUGAUUAAAAUAUAGUAUAAGCACCAUUUUUAAUCUCUUUUUACAUUAAUCGUGUUUAUUAUGAUCCAAAAUAAAAAUAGGUAUGUAAAAAUAAUACUUAAUUUAAUUUUAAUUCAUCAUUAAAUAUUAAUCAAUUCAAAACUAUUAAUUAGGGUUAAAAGAAUUUAGAAUUAUAAAAAUUAGAUGAAGAAGAGUAAAGAAUUUUAGAUUAACUUAAAAGUUUUGGAGAUACAAAAGAAGAAAUAGAAGAAAAUUUUAAUAAAGUUAUUAAAUUAUUUAAAAGAAAUGAAGGUUAAAUUGAUAAUUUGGUAACAAUUGAUGGAUUUUGUAUAUGUGAUGAAAACACAGCAAAUCCAAAUAUUAUACCAAGUGAUUAGAUGUUAUUUUAAUUAUAAUCAUAUAAAGAAAAAAUGAUGAAAACUGUUUAAUUAUUAACAGAUUAAUUAGAAAGAAUUUAAGAGUAAAAGAAAAAAAUAUUAAAAUCAGAUUAAAAUAUGUAUCUAUUAACAUCAGUAUUAAUGCAUGAUGGAUCAGCUAAUAGUGGACAUUAUUAUUGUUAUGUAUUAGACAAGAAAGAUUUAACAACUUGGUGGAAAUGCAAUGAUAGUACAGUUACUAAAGUAGAUUUUGCUUAAGUUUAUAAAGAUGCUUCUGGAUCAAAUAGAGUGAAUUCUAAUGUCUCUGGUUUGAUUUAUGAAUAAGAAUAAUGGUUAAAAGUAGAUAAAAUUUAAAUCAAUCAGAAAUUAUUGUCUUUUAUUUAAGAAGACAAAGAGAAAUAAUUAAUUGCAUAAGAUGAAUAGAAAGUGUUGAAUAGAAAAGCUAUUAUAUUAUAAUAAAUUUAAUAAUAGAAAAAUAAAUUAUUAAAAUAUAAGGAUUAAUUAGAUAGAGAAUUUGAGAGAUUCAGUAAUUUUGAUUAGUUUUUAAAUUCAGUUAAUUAAAAUGUAUACUAAUAUUAUUUGAUAUUAACAACAGUAUAAUAAGAUAUAGUAUUGAUUAAAGAUUAAUUAAAUAAACCUCAAGAAGUGAAUAAUUACAUUAAAUAUUUCAUUACUCAAACAAAUUUAAUAACAACAAAUUAUGAUACUGAAUUGAAGAAAUUAAAGGAUGAGUAUUUAAUGAUAAAUUCAUUAUUAUAAUAAUUACCCUUAAAAAAUAUUACAAAUUAGAAUUAUUCAGAAAAAAUAAGAUAUUAUUAUACUAUAUUGAAAUAAAUAUCAGAUAUUAAAUCAUGUUCUACACUUGCUAAUCAUUUAAAAAAGAUAUAUGAAGUUCUCUUGCUUAAGGGAUGCUUUUAUGUUGAUCUAUCUCUAUAAGCUAAUAAUAUAUAAACAUGUAUAGAAAUUAGUUAGAGUAUAUUAAUUUCAAUCAAUUAAAAUUAAUAUGUUGAUAAAUUGAUAUUCUAAUAGGUGUUUGCUAAUCUAAAAUUAUCUAGUGAAUAAGUUAAAUUAAUAACUAAAAAUACAGAGAUUUCAGAUCAAAUCAUUUAAUUACAAAAUAAAGGAGAAUUAUUUAUUAAUUUAAAAUAAUUAGAAUUUAAGUCUUUAGAAUCUGAAAUAUUAUAAUUAUAAAGAUUAAGAAAUGAUAGUCUAAAAGUAAAAUUUUAUAUUAAUAUUAUAAUAGCUUUGGAUUCAUUAAUAUGAUAAGAUUAAAACAGAAUAGAAAUUAUUAGAUUAGAAUGAUAGAUAAAAUGCUGAAGUUUUACUUUAUUUUUGA